CGAGAGGAGCCAGACGGAGCUAUCCUCCGGCACCUGGUGCUCAGUGCCGAGCGGACUCUGCCCACCCACAACCCCGGGGGCACCCCACUUCUGCUCACUCGCCCCCCGGGACCCCGCAGCUUCUCGGAGAGCCAUGGCGUUCAUGGUGAAGACCAUGGUGGGGGGCCAGUUGAAGAAUCUCACCGGGGGGCUGGGGAGCGGCGAGGAGAAAGGGGAAGGAGACAAGUCGCCGGCCGAGGCUGCCGGCAUGUCCAGGGAGGAGUACGAAGAGUACCAGAAGCAGCUGGUGGAGGAGAAGAUGGAGCGGGAUGCCCACUUCGCCCAGAGGAAAGCAGAGCGGGCCACACUGCGGAGUCACUUCCGAGACAAGUACCGGCUGCCAAAGAAUGAGAUGGACGAUAACCAGAUUCAACUGGCCGGGGGUGACGUGGAACUGCCGAAGGAGCUGGCCAAGAUGAUUGAGGGGGACCACGAGGAGGAGGAGAAGAACUCAGUCAUUGGCCAGCUGGCCAGCAUUCCCACCCUGGACCUUGAUUCCAUCAAGGACAGGGCCCAGGCCACACUGGAGGACUUGAAACAGUCGGCUGGGAAGUGUGUGGUCAUGUGAUUCCCCCCAGGGCGGUGAUCCCAGUCCUGCCAUGUGACCAACUGGGGUUGGUGGGUCAGGGAUGUGAUCAGAGAUGCUUGGGGCUCACAUCCAGGGGAGAGAUUAAAACAUGUCUUCCCUCU